AUGUCCUCUUCCUCCCCCACCGGGCAGAUCGCAAGUGCGGCGGACAUCAAGCAGGAGAAUGGGAUGGAAAGCGCCUCGGAAGGGCAGGAGGCGCGCCGAGAAGUGGCGGGGGGCGCGGCGGCGGGGCUGACCCCCCCGGCUCCAGCCCCUUUCCCUCUGGAGCCGGGGGACGCCGCCAGGGUGAGCGCAGACGAGGGGGCCGCGGCGGCGAGCGGAGCGGCAGCCGAUCAGGUACAACUCCACUCGGAACUUGUGGGCAGGCACCAUGCCGCCGCCGCCGCCGCCGCUGCUGCUGCUGCUGCCGCCGCUGCUGCGGGCGCGCAGACCCCGCUGGCCUUCUCGCCCGACCACGUCGCCUGCGUGUGCGAGGCGCUGCAGCAGGGGGGUAACCUGGACCGCCUGGCCCGGUUCCUGUGGUCCCUGCCCCAGAGCGACCUGCUUCGUGGCAACGAGAGCCUGCUCAAGGCGCGGGCGCUCGUGGCCUUCCACCAGGGCAUCUACCCAGAGCUCUACAGCAUCCUCGAGAGCCACAGCUUCGAGUCGGCCAACCACCCGCUGCUGCAGCAGCUCUGGUACAAGGCGCGCUACACCGAGGCCGAGCGAGCCCGCGGCCGGCCGCUGGGCGCGGUGGACAAGUACCGGCUGCGCAGGAAAUUCCCGCUGCCCCGCACCAUCUGGGACGGCGAGGAGACGGUGUAUUGUUUCAAGGAGAAGUCGCGCAACGCGCUCAAAGAGCUCUACAAACAGAAUCGUUACCCCUCGCCCGCCGAGAAGCGGCACCUGGCCAAGAUCACCGGCCUCUCCCUCACCCAGGUCAGCAACUGGUUCAAGAACCGCCGGCAGCGCGACCGGAACCCCUCGGAGACCCAGUCCAAAAGUGAGUCAGAUGGCAAUCCCAGCACUGAAGAUGAGUCCAGCAAAGGGCAUGAGGAUCUGUCUCCCCACCCCCUCUCGGGGUCAUCCGAUGGCAGCGUCACCAACCUCACCCUUUCCGGUCACAUGGAGCCAGUCUAUAUGCAACAAAUUGGAAAUGCUAAGAUAUCGUUCAGCUCUUCUGGAGUUUUGCUGAAUGGAAGCUUAGUACCUGCAAGUACUUCACCCGUCUUCCUUAAUGGUAAUUCUUUUAUUCAGGGACCCAGUGGAGUUAUCCUAAAUGGAUUAAAUGUGGGGAAUACGCAAACCGUGUCAUUGAACCCACCCAAAAUGUCAACCAACAUUGUGAGCAAUGGCAUCUCCAUGACUGACAUGCUGGGCUCUACCUCCCAGGACGUGAAGGAAUUCAAAGUCCUCCAGAGUUCUGCAGCCAACUCCACAGCCACCACCUCGUACAGCCCCAGUGCCCCCGUGUCGUUCCCAGGGCUAAUCCCGAGCGCCGAGGUGAAGAGAGAAGACAUCCACGUGGGGACUUCCCAGGAGGGAGGCUCCGUGGUGACUUUUACUACCCCAGUGCAAAUUAACCAGUAUGGCAUUGUCCAGAUCCCCAAUUCCGGAGCAAACGGCCAGUUCCUUAACGGCGGCAUUGGAUUCUCUCCACUGCAGUUGCCUCCUGGCUCGAUGGCAGCUUCACCAGGUAAUAUUGUCCAUGCAAGCACUUCGGAUGGGAGCACGUUUACCAGCGAGCCGGCCCCUGUGCAGCCCGGCAAGGUGUUCCUGAGCUCGCUUGCUCCGGGAGCAGUGGUGUACACUGUCCCUAACUCUGGCCAGACUGUCGGAUCUGUGAAACAGGAAGGCCUGGAGAGGAGCCUGGUGUUCUCUCAGUUGAUGCCUGUCAAUCAGAACGCGUCAGUGAAUGCAAGCCUGUCCUCUGAAAGUGUCCCGGGCACUGGCCUCCAUUCCCUGGCCUCCUCAUUGAUUAACGUGUCCCCAAACCACAGCUUCCCCCUGACUCCCCCUACACUCCUCACGCCCCCUGAGCUCAACCCUGACAUUGCCGACAACCAGCCAAUGCCUGCACCUGUGGCCAGCAAAGCCUCAGUGGCCCCCGGCAACAACACUAACUAUGCAACGCUACAGAACUGCUCUCUCCUUACUGGUCAAGAGCUAUUGUCCGUCCCUCUGGCUCAGCCUGCCCUGGGGGAAAUUGUUUCAACCUCUGAAGACCAGGUGGGCCACCCCUCCCCGGCUGUGCACCAGGAUUUUGUCAGAGAGCACCGUUUGGUUCUGCAGUCAGUGGCUAACCUAAAGGAGAAUUUCUUACCAACUUCUGAAAACAAAGCAACAAGCAGCUUAAUGAUGCUGGACUCUAAAUCUAAGUACGUCUUAGACGGCAUGGUUGAGACUGUGUGUGAAGACCUGGAAACAGACAAAAAGCUUGCCAAGCUCCAGACUGUCCAGUUGGACGAAGAUAUGCAAGACUUAUAAACUUUGCGUGCCCUUCCCCUGCCUUUUGGGCACC